AUGCAAGGCGCAGGAGGAGGUGGUGAUGGUGGAGGUGGACAAGGAACCGGGAUUGGCGGUGGCGGUGAUGGUGGUGGUGGGCAAGGAACCGGUAUUGGAGGUGGUGGUGAUGGUUGUACACAAUUAACACAAGGAGUUGGCGGUGGUAUAACCACCGGAGUAACCACCGGAGGAGGAGGAGGCAAGAAAGGAGGAGGCACCCAAAUUAUUGGUGGCAUAGGUGGAAACUCAUCCAAUGGCGGUGGUAGAGUGAACACGGGUGGUGGCAGCCAUAAUGGCGGCGGAGGAGAUGGAACCAACGGUGGCGGGAACGCUAGUACUGGUGGCGGCGGCGAAGGGAAUAUGAAAAUAGGUGGUGGAGAGGGAGGAGGAGGUGAAGGAACAAGAGGCGUAGGGGGUGGUGGAGGUGGUGAUGGAACUAAAGGCGGUGGAGUUGGCCUUGGACGCGGUCUUGGACGUGAUGGUGCACGCGGUGGUGGUGGAGAUGGAGCCAACGGCGGUGGACGUGGUCUUGGACGCGGUGGCUGGCGUGGUGGUUGA